CGGCCCAGGCGGGGCCUCCGACUCCCGCUCAACCAAAAAGUUGCGCAGCACCAGCGACUCGUCGGCCUCAGAAGGACACAUUUUAGCCCCGCCGCCGCUUCACCGCCGGCCCCUCUGUUGCCUAGGUGCCCCCUUUCCUUUACGCCCGUACUUAUGCCGUCGUCGGCCGCCGCCACUGCUGCUGCUGCGCGAAGGCUGUCGCUGUACAAGAGACCCGCUGUUCGCUGUCCUCCCUGCUUCGUUCGACGACCAAUCACUCCUCUUGCGCGCCGGUUUUUGGGCUCUGUUGCUGACUCGACUACCUCGACCUUACCCUCUCCAUCCGCUUCCGCUACCGCAUCCCCCACCCACCCACCACCGAAAAAGUCCCUCCCCCGCCGCCUCACCUCCUUCCUCGCACUCAGCGCGCUCUUCUUCACCCUCGGCACAGCCAUGGCCGCCGCCCCCGCCGUCGCCGUCGCGCAAGACCUGAUGCACCCGCCCACGGACGCCGAGACGCUCACGCUCUACGCGCCCGAGCCCAACACCCCCGCCGGCACGCUCGAAGCCGAACUCCAGGCCCUCCCGCUCGUGGCCGCCCUCCGCGCCGACAACGGCCUCGUCGAAGGCCGCCCGCACAUGAAGAUCCCGCCCGCCCUGCGCGAGAACAACUUCACGGGCGGCACGCUGCUGGGCCACGACAUGCUGGGCGUCCCGCCGCUGGCGUUCGUGGCCCCCGACGGGAGCAGGCUGGUCGCACUGCACCAUUUGGGGCCGGCGCUGUGCGGGCACCCGGGCAUCGUGCAUGGCGGCUUGCUCGCGACGCUGCUGGAUGAGGGGCUCGCGAGGUGCUGUUUCCCGGCGCUGCCGAACAAGGUCGGCCUCACGGCGAGUCUGAAUAUCAGCUACAAGGCGCCGUGUCGCGCGGGCCAGUGGGUGGUGCUCCGCGCGGAGACGACGAAGGUCGAGGGCAGAAAGGCGUGGGUUAGGGGUCGGUUGGAGUCGAUUCCGAACGAGGGGGAGGAGCCGGUCGUUAUGGUGGAGGCCGAGGCGCUGUUUAUUGAGCCGAGGCAGGCAAAGGUGAGUUUUUCCCUGCUGCGCCCUCCGUUCUUGGGGUCGGGAGUCGUGUGCUAACGUGUGUUUGUCCGCUGCAGCAAAUGGCCAAGAUCUACACGCCGCAGUAGUGCCUGCGUUGCGCUCUGUUCUGAGCGGACCUGCUUGCUU